UCUGCUGGACGCCUUCUGUUUGAAAAUCUUCGCGCUGAUAUCCGCUACUUAAAGGCACUAUGCUAUAGAAAGUGAUAUAUUUUGUAUUAAAUAGCAAAUUCCGUGCUUUCUAUGUGGAUAUAUAUUGUUCCGAGAGUGCUGAAGUGAGCAGGCGUAAGAGCCAACGCCAUUAUGUCAGAAGGAGAAGUGUGCAGCCACGUAAAAGUGGUGGUCCGUGUCCGCCCUUUAAACUCCAAGGAAAAGGAUGGAAAUUUAAAGAAUAUAGUCCGUGUCGUGGAUAACCAUAUGCUCGUUUUCGACCCCAAAGAGCCGGAGGUAAAAUUUUUCCGUGGCCAGAAAGCAGGAACUAGAGACUUGAGGAAAAGAGCGAAUAAAGACCUGAAGUUUGUGUUUGAUCGCGUCUUCGGGGAGGAUUCCACACAGAUGGAACUGUUUGAAAACACUACAAAGGGAGUAGUCGAUGGAGUCCUGAACGGCUACAACUGCACAGUGUUUGCCUAUGGAGCUACAGGAGCAGGGAAGACUCACACAAUGCUGGGCAGCAGUGAAAACCCGGGUGUAAUGUACCUCACCAUGAAAGAGCUCUUCAGAAGAAUGGACCUCGCCGAGGAGGAGAAAGUCUUUGAAUUGGCUUUCUCCUAUCUAGAGGUUUAUAACGAACAGAUUCGAGACCUCCUGGCGAACUCGGCUCCUCUAGCCUUGAGAGAAGACACUGCAAAAGGAGUGGUGAUCCAAGGCCUGACUCUUCAUCAGCCCAAAUCCGCUGAACACAUCCUUGAAGCUCUGGAUUACGGUAACAGAAAUAGAACGCAGCACCCCACUGACGUGAACGCCUCAUCUUCCCGGUCUCAUGCCGUAUUUCAGAUCUACCUGAGGCAGCAGGAUAAGACAGCCUGUCUGAAUCCAAAUGUGUGUGUGGCCAAGAUGAGUCUGAUUGACCUAGCCGGUUCAGAGAGGGCCAGCGCCACCAACGCUAAAGGAGCUCGCCUCCGGGAAGGAGCCAACAUCAACCGAUCUCUUCUCGCCCUGGCCAAUGUCAUCAACGCGCUCGCUGACCCGAAGAGUAAGAAGAAUCACAUUCCUUACAGAGACAGCAAGUUGACGCGAUUGCUAAAGGACUCACUGGGUGGGAACUGUAGAACUGUGAUGAUCGCAAACAUUAGCCCGUCAUCACUUUCGUACGAGGACACGCACAAUACGCUCAAGUAUGCUAACCGGGCCAAGGAGAUCAAGUCUACACUGAAAAGUAAUGUUGUGAGUGUGGACAGUCAUGUUGGGCAGUAUGCAGUCAUAUGUGAGAAACAGAAGGCUGAGAUUAUGCAGCUGAAACAGAAACUGCGAGAAUACGAGGAGCGGAAGGCAGAGGCUCCUGCCCUUAAUCCAAUCUCCAGCCAGAAAAGAGCUGAAUUCGAGAAAAUGUCCGAGUCUCUGCGCAGCUUGUUCGCCGCACGCCUGCAGCUGCGUAAGGAGCACUUGGACAUCGAGAAGCAGCUAAAGGAGAACCAGCUAAGGCACAGUCACAGGGAGGAGUGGCACAAGCAGGGCCUGCUGUUCUUCCCAGACGACAAAGCAGAGAAGGCCACCUGUAAGUACGAGCGCAAGCUGGCGUCUCUGCAGUCUCAUCGGCAGCACCUAAAAAGGAGGCUGGAGGACAACGGGAAGAACUUCCAGGAGAACGAAGGUUGGCUCCAUCGCCUCGAAAACGAGAUGAAGCUGCUCGGGCAUGAAGGAAACACACCAGAGGAGCUUAAAAAGGAGCUGCAGUGCCAGAGGCUGAAGCUGCAGGUGGCUGACCUGCAGCAGCACAUCAAGCACAUGCACCAUCUCAUCAGUUUGCAGGACCAGGAAAACAAACAUACACACAAACUGGUUCAUGCCCUACUUCCUGCCUACCGUCGCCAGCACCUAGCCCUGAUGGCUGCGGGCAUGUCCACAGACGACACAGAGCAGGAGGAGCUGGAGCACCUGGUGCAGAGAGAGAGGGCCGUGGUAUGGGCCGACCAGGAGAACUCGGAAGAGAAGGCUGAACAAGGCGAAUGCACUGAGAAUAACACUCUCCAGCCCAUCUUGUCUUUCUCUCACCUCAUCACGCACCAGAAUACACCAUGCAGUGCAGAGAAACACACACGCCGUGUCUCCCAGCGACUCAAACCGUCUAAAGGCCCUAUUGCUGGAGAGGAGCAUGUAUCUGAAACCCUGCCUAAAAUGCCUAUCAGAAGGAAGCUGGCCGUUUCUCCUGUGAAGCCGGGCUCAGGAUGUGAAGGGGCAAGUCUGUUUAACUGUCCUCCAGGAUUGCAGGAGGUGCUGCAUCAGGAGGGCUUUUACCCACUGCCCUACACGCCCGAGACACAGUCCUCUAACGCUCCAGUCUCCAUCCACCCUGAUUCCACCUUUGACGUGGGUGGAGAUGAACAGGGGGAGGAAACAACUCAGGUUAACAGCACAAUUAUCCUGUCUCCCAAAUCACCUGAGCCUCCUGGAGGUUCAAACCUGAGUCAACUCCGUAUCCUGCGCGCCAAUAACAGCAACGAGCCCCUGAAAAGGUUGGAGAUUCCAUCUCUUCUUGACCUACGGAGAUCCAAACCAUCCUACAUGGCCAUGACAUCAGCAGCACAGGGCAAACGCAAGCUCAACUGCUUCGGAAAGGAGAUAGGCUCAGACGUUACCCAGGGAGCUGCAGCGCCCAAACGGAUAAAGAGGGAUCCCUCCGAUACCACAAAACCACUGCGUGUGCGACGCUUUGGCGCAUCAUCUGAGAAUGAGCCAAGCAGGAGAGUGGUGCGCAGCGUAUCAGAGGGAAACCUUCAUCAGCUCGGCCCUCGUAAGCCCAAAUCAGCAUUUCUGGGCCCAACUGCCCUGUUCAAGAAAGUCACAAAGAGGAUGUGAAAUGUCUCCAGAAUUACCACUUGAACACACGACUUCUAAAAGCCUCAUGCACUGAUCUCUCACACACACACACACACACACACGUCUGCCUUGUGGAUAUUGCGAAUCGGUUCGAACGAAGCGAGACGUCUUACAGGUUUAAACCUGACUGUGUUGUUGUAGUGAAAGUUGUUUUUUUUUUUUAAAUGUACAGCUUUUUUAACAAUAUUAAAAUAACUUGUACAAAGAAUGUUUUAACCUAGUGUCAAGUGAAAAUUAAACCUGUGAUGAUGUUUGUUCUUAGUUCCUGAUGCUUACUUGUUUUCUUUCUAGAGAAACCUUUUAAACAAUUGAAACUUCCUGUAAGUCAAGACAUUGUAAUAAAAAGCUCCGGACUCUU